UUGCUCAGUUUGGUAGCUUGGACCAUGCUCGUGCUGUGUUUGAUGAAAUCUCUGAACCAAAUGAGUUCGUUUGGACCGCGUUAAUUCGAGGGCUUAGGUGACGGGGUUCAGGUCCACGCCCAUGCGUUCAAGUUCGGGUUCGGGUUCGAUUCGCGGGUCCAAACCGCACUAGUCGACUUGUACUGUAAGUGCGGCAAGCUAAUCGAAGCUCGUCGACUGUUCGACAAAAUGGGUGAGAAUGGUGCUGGAGAUGUGCAAUUGUCAAACACGAUGAUCGCUGGGUACAUUGCAGAUUGCGAUAUAGACUCCGCUCGAUCGAUAUUCGAGCGAAUGCAGGACCGCAACACGUUCACUUGGGUCGAGAUGAUCACUGGUUAUGUGAAGCACGGCCGAGUUGAUGAGGCUCGCAAGUUGUUCCAUGCGAACGCCGUGCUCACGGGCGAUCCGGUUGUGUGCACCGCCAUGAUCACUGGUUACGCCAAGAUCGGCGAUUUGCUGGCCGCACGAUCUGUUUUUGAUGAGAUGGGUCGUCGUGAUGUUGCGGCAUGGAACGCGAUGAUAUCUGUGUAUUCAAAUGCUAAUAUGUACGACGAGGGCCUCGAUCUGUUCAAAUUGAUGAUAAGCUCUGAUGUUGAGCCUAACAGGACUACCGUCGCGACUAUUGUAUCUGUCUGCACCCAAACCGGGUCGCCCAGUUUGGCAAACAUGAUUCAGGACUACGUGGAUCACCACGGAUCGAGGCUGCUGAACAACCACACGGUGGCUGCCCUCAUCGACUUACAUUCGAAAUGCGGAGAUCUACGUCGAGCAAAGGAUAUAUUCGAUAGCUGGAGGGACAAGGACUUGAUUUGUUACAGUUCAAUGAUAUCAGGAUUAGGCAUUCACGGGCGUGGCAGAGAAGCCACCAGACUAUUCGACGAAAUGAUACAGUCCGGUCUGAAACCAGACAGUAUCUGCUUCGUAUCGGUUCUGACCGCCUGUAGCCACGCAGGCAUGGUUCACGAAGGGAGGAGAUACUUCGAGUCGAUGGGGACUGAACACAGAAUUCCUGCGACCGCUGAGCACUACAUGUGCCUCGUGGAUUUGAUGGGUCGCGCGGGACGCAUAGGCGAAGCUUACAGAUUGAUCGCGGAGGAAAUGCCUUUUGAGCUGACGCGGCACGCUGGGAUUUGGGGAGCGCUGCUGAGCGCGUGCCGAACGCAUUCGAACGUGGAGGUGGGGGAGAAGGCAGCGGAGAUGUUGCUGGAGUUGGAGUCGGAGAAUGCGGGGAAUUAUGUGUUGAUGUCGAACAUAUAUGCGAAAGAUCGGAGGUGGGAGGGGGUGGCGAGGAUGAGGGCAGCGAUGAGGCGGCAGGGGAUGAGGAAGCCGCCAGGGUGGAGUUGGGUCGAGGCAGAAGGCGGGAGGGUGAGGAGAUUCUUGACCGCCGAGGGCUGUGAUGGACGGUUGGAUGCGAUGCUGGAAGUACUCGGUUGGGAGUUGAGGGAUCAAGGGUACACUUCAAGCAUUGAAGAAGUUGAGUGAGAGCUUCUCAUUCUGGGAUCUUUAUUUUAUUUUUUUCCUUUUUCCAGGGUAAUUUAUUCCUUAUUUUUAUUUCAGUAAUCCUUGAGAUUUUAGUCAUGAUUGCUCGUUUUAGUUAUUGUAUCGGUUAAUUUUAUUCAUGGAAGCAAAUUGCUGCACACGGACGGUGAAGGGAGAAAAUGGUUUAGUGGCGCAUUAAUGUAGGUGACGAGUUUUGUAGUACCCAUCCCUUUCUCUUCAUGAAGAACAAAAACAGAGUGCUCGUGUACCUCCAGAAUCUUCAUUCAGUUCAAAUACCAAACCUUUGUUGCAGGCUAUGAAGCACAAACACAGCAUAAUAUGAAGCCGUGUCGUAUCGUGUCUGUGUCGGACACACGUGUCGAACACACGUAACCUAUGUAUUUUUUAGGAUAUGCCUCGUGUCGGCGUGUCGGAUAGCCGUGUCGGAUCCGUGUCCGUGCUACAUAGGUUGCAGGUUUCUUUGUAUUCGAAAAUAGAAAUGUUAGGGGC